GCAACAUUACACCUGGACGGCGUUGCUAGGCAACCAGCGUCUCUCAGACGGCCCGUGUCAUGCGGCUCCGUCUGCUGCGGCUCUGCAGCCUCUCCAGCGGCGGAGUCGGUACCGCGGCACUCUGCUGACGGACGGGUCGCUCGGUUCAGUCGAGGCCGAUCGCCGGACUUGAUGGGUCACAGUUGCGGGACUACAGAGCUACAGCGUUCCGUUCACGAUGUGUUGAUGACCGGGAGACUCGGUCACGAGGCUUUGAGGACAUGUCAGAAAGCUCCUCGGGUGUGAACAGCGGCAGUUUCCCCAAAUCUCACUCCUCCCAGGAUUCGGAGCUCGGAGUGACCGCCACACCCCUCUCCGUGGACCACAGUCCGGACUCGGGACUGGUAUCUACACCUCUUCCAUCGAGUCGCUUCAGGUUUGUGUCGUGGCAUCGACUGGAGCAGUGUGAUGUCACAGGUGACCAGCUGGCCUGUCCUCGUGUCAGAGAAGGGCCGAUCGAAGAGGAGCUACAUCUAGUAGAAGAUGUUGAUGUCUUACUGGAGAGAGGGAGGAGCAGGAGGAGGAGGAAGGAAGAAGGACAGAGGUGGGAGGAGAGGCUGCAGGAGAACUGGGAGAACUGCCUCGAGUUAAACUUGUCCUACCAAGACUUGGGAGACCCCUACCAGUUGGAAAACUUCGUACGGAUCCUCCGGCGGUUGAUCCGUGUGGAAAAACUACAACUGAUCGACAAUUCUCUCAUCAACUUGAGUUCUGUGCGUCUGCCAAGGUGCAGAAUGCUAAACCUGCACCGUAACCACCUGGUGUAUCUACAUCAGCUGCCAAAGCUCCCAGCGGUGGAGCACCUUUGUCUGUCGGAGAACGCUAUCGCCUCCCUGGGGGGACUGGGGUCUCUGGGGAGCAGCCCGCUUCGCUCACUCAACCUGACCCGCAACCCAGUGGCCUUCACGCAGGACUACCGCGUACGUGUUUUCUCCUGUUUGCCAAAUCUGGAGGUCUUGGACGGGAUCCCGAAGCUGCCAGCUGACGCACUGCCUUUCAGAAUAAAAGCCCCUGAAACCACGAGGAUCUGCAACAUUUUAUGACACUACCAAAGUUGGAUGCUUUGAGACUCGACACCAAGUUCUGCUCAGAGGACAGUAAUAUUUUUCCCUGGUGCAGAGGUAGAGCGGUCGACAUCUGAUUAGAAUAUCGCAGGUUUGACUCCCAUCUUGCCUGCCCAUGUAUUGACGUGUCUUUGUGCAAGACACCAAACCCAGUUUGCUCCUGGUGGUUAUAGGUUGGUGUCACCAGUGUGUGAAUGGGAUUGUAAAGCGCUUUGGUCCUAAAAGGAAGAUAGAAAAGCGCUAUAUAAGUAAAUGCCAUUUAAGGCCACACCCAGCCAGCAAGGCCAAGUGGCCCCCAAAUGGUUUAAAAGUGGGCAGAGAAUGUGGGCCCCAAAUGGGUCUGUUCAUAGUUUCUGUGGCGGCCCCACAUUUAGUAAGCACUCAGUUUAAGUAGGCACUCAGUGGGUAGGCUCGCUAUGCUAACCAGCCUCCCAAUGGACAGCGGAGCUCCCUAGCUCGCAACAGCGGACCUCGCUAGCUCAAUACAGCGAAGCUUGCUAGCUCAAUACAGGGGAGGUUGCUAGCUUGCUACAGAUGAGCUCGCUAGCAUGGUACAGCGGAACUUGAUACAGGGGAGGUUGAUAGCUUGAUACAACAGAGUUUACUAGCUCUCUACACAAGAACUUACUAGCAUUCUACAGCAGAGCUCGCUAGCUCGAUACAGCGAAGCUUGCUUGGUUGCUACAGAGGAACUUGCUAGCUCGCUAUAGAUGAGCUCGCUAGCAUGCUACAGUGGAGCUUGCUACAGCAGAGCUCGCUAGCUCGAUACAGCAGAGCUUGCUACAGAGGAGCUUGCUAGCUCGCUACAGAUGAGCACGCUAGCUUGCUACAGUGGGGCUCGCUACAAGGGAGGUUUCUAGCUCGCUACAGAGGAGCUCACUAGCAUGCUACAGCAGAGCUUGCUACAGAGGAGCUUGCUAGCUCAAUACAGGAAUGCUUGCUAGCUUGCUACAGAGGGGUUCGCUACAGAGGAGCUUGCUAGCUCAAUACAGGAAUGCUUGCUAGCUCGCUACAGUGGAGCUCGUUACAGAUGAGGUCGCUGGCACAUAAUGCUGUCCACCGCGCGGCUGGCUAGACUAGCGAGCCAUACCCACUGAGUGUCCACUUAAGCGAAUGUGAGCAAACUCAGGUGGGGCCACUAGAAAAACUGUUGACAAACUCGUUCAGGGUUCCACAUUUUCGGCCCACUUUUAAACCAUAUGGGGUCCACCUGUCCUUGCUGACUGGCCAGGGACUUGAAUAAAAAACUAUUUUCUAAAGAGUCUAUUUUAAAAAAGUUACCAAACUCUAAUUUUGUCACACUUCCUAUUUUUAUGGAUCAGAUUUUUUUUGUAAAAAAAUACUGAAAGUAUUUUUAUAAUAAACAAAAUUGUUCAACAA